CAUUGUGGGUAAUAUGCCUCGACCGAGGAGUCGUGGAUGCUGGGCGUGCUCAACAUAAGUGUGGAACAAGGGCUCAAAAGGUACCAGGCGACAGAGCACUUUUGAGAGUUGGGGCAAAGCCGCAGCUUCGACGUGAACGCAUAAGUGAAGGGCACAAGGUUGGAACUGUGGGUACUUGGAUUCGGCCUUUCAAGUUUUGACUCAGAGUCUCCUCCAGCUGUUAAUUAUGGAGGCAUCGAGGCAAACAAGCCCCCCAGACUCGAUUUCCCAGGAUGUGAACCCUGUAUUUUUUCAACAACUUCGGGACCUGGAUAUUCCAGAAGAGGCAGCUAAACAGGCGCUCCUGCAUACUGGGAAUGUGUCUGCUGAGGAGGCGGCCAUGUACUACUUCAACAAACUGGAGAAUGAGGAGGCCGAUGGGGACCUUAUGUACAAAAUGGUGUUUGUGGUCAACAUGGACCUUGCUAUGGGGGUUGGAAAGAUCGCGGCUCAGGUUGGACAUGCUGCUGUGGGCUUGUACCAGGCUCUGCAGGAUAAAAACAGCUGGAGGGAGAUGGCCUGGAAGUGGGACCAUAGUGGAGCCAAGAAGAUUGUGGUUCAGGGUACCAGUGUGGCUCAUCUUUUAGAGCUUCAGGCCCAGGCCAUGAGUCUCAAUCUGCCCACUUACCUGGUCCAGGAUGCUGGGCUUACUCAGGUGGCAUCUGGUUCCCGCACUGUCCUGGCUGUCAUGGGUGAGGAGGACAUAGUGAACAAUGUCACUGGCAGUCUGAAGCUGCUUUGAUGGGCUCAAGACCACGUCAGGAAGUAAAGCAUCUGCGAUGCCCGACAGGAUCAAGUUGAGCGCCCCAUUUAGCAAGCAAGUGUGUAACCUUUAAACACAAACAAGCAGAGUCCCCUGAUGUUUGUUUCCUUGAACUCUGUGCAGGUAUAUGGCUUGCUUUGCUGAGCAUUGUGAUCUGAAGAUUGGAAGGAUUAAUUCCUUAACAGUGAACUGUGCUAAAGGUUUUCAGUUUUUGUUUUGCAAGUCUGACUCCCAUUCCAAAUAAUGAAAACUGUCACUAUUUAAUUGGGCUUUAAGUUUAAAUCGGUUUAGUAAUUUUGGUUCAUAACGAGUAAUGUAUUGCAGUAAAGAUUAUUAUUAAGGAAUGCUGAUAAACUCUUCCAGAUUCUGUAUUUCUGUGCAAACCGGCCAACCACUACUGAAAUUUGAAAUUGUUUACUGUAAUUGCAACCUGUUGUCCCUAAAGCUAUCUAAAAAACAAAUUUUCAUAAGUACACUCAGCGUGGUUAUAUUUUGUAUUCCUAUUAUGGUAAUAUGCAUGUUUGUUGUCCAAUUACUGUUUUAUUUUGUAAUAUGCAUAUUAAGUUUUCCAAUUAAAGAAAAUGUUUUUGUCAU